AAGGCAGCAAAUAUUGCGUGCGCUCAAGGUUAUUUAGUGAUAGCUAUGUUCUUGUACUUCAUCAUUUUUUACUGUAGCAGACCCUAUGCCGAACCGCUGAACGUAGGAGAGCUCUGGCGUGUCGAGCUCCCCACGGUGGGUUUUUUUUUUUCCCAAGCAGCGGCAGCGCCUUUUAUUUAUUUAAUAUAUUUAUUUAUUUAUUUAUUUAUUUUGGCUUCGAACCCUUCGGAGCCCUCGCGGACGCCCACCUUUUCCCCGCUCUCCUCCCCACCACCUCCCGCCGGUCUCCGCCGUCGCCUUCCUCCCCAUCAUCCCCGACGUCGGCCUCCCCCCUCCAAUCUCCCUCAGGUGCUUUCCUUCCCACAGAUCUCCCAAAAAGUGAGACGCCGACCUCCUCCCUGCUCUCCUCGCUGCCACCUCCCACCGAUCUCCGCCGUCGCCUUCUUCCCCAUCGUCACCGGCGUCGGCCUUCCCCUUCGAUCUCCCUCAGGUGUUUUGCUUCCCACAUAUCUCCCAAAAGAGAAAGAAAUGAAAAGAAAAGGAAGGAAAAAGGAAAAAAAUUGAUCAAUCUAUGUGGGAAAAGGUCUUGCUUUUUCAGUGUUCCACCUUUCUUUCGUUUUCGUUGAUUUUUCCUGUGUUUUCACCUGUUUUUCCUCUGCUUUUUCCAUUCUCCCGAGUCUCAAUAGGGUGGGAGGCUCGGAGCGGCCGAAUAGGAAGUUUAGAUCCGUUUGGUGGAGGCUUGCAGGUGCCGAAUAGGGAAGUUUAGUCCAGAAAGUGGGAUUGUUGCUCUUUCUAAGAAUUUAUCCAAUUUGACAAGGGUACGAGUCUGGAUAGAGAAUAUAACUUGUAAGACUAGGACGCCUCUGAACGAAGGUCGGUUAAGAAUUGGCACUCCUCAGCCAUAAAGAGAGUACAAAGCCAAACAAGGUUAUCAUCACAACAUGUUCUCACUAGUUCAGCACUUGGUUGGGCCAUCUCUUCUCACUGUCCUCUUGUUCUUCCCCUUCUUUCUACUCAUAAAACGAGCCUUCUCAAAAAGGACUCGGCUCCCACCUUCACCACUCAAGUUUCCAUUCAUAGGGAACCUCCACCAGCUGGGCUCUCUCCCUCAUCACUCUCUUAGAGAUCUCUCCAAAAAGCAUGGACCACUUAUGCUUCUCCAUUUGGGUCAGGUGCCGACCCUCGUCGUUUCAUCCGCAGAGAUGGCUCGAGAGAUCAUGAGAACUCAUGAUCAUAUCUUUGCCUUCAGGCCUUCUCUGAAGGCUGCCAAGAUCCUGCUUUAUGAUAGCAUGGACCUGGCUUUUGCACCAUAUGGUGAGUAUUGGAGGCAGCUGAGGAAGCUGUGCACCCUCCACCUCUUGAGUGCCAAAAGGGUGCACUCCUUUGAGCUUGUGAGAGAGGAGGAAGUGGCCUCUAUGCUACUAAAGAUUUCCAGAGCUGUUACAUCGACAGGCAUGGUGGACAUGAGUGAGGUGUUAAAUUUCUUCACAAAUGAUGUACUGUGUAGAGUUAUUUCAGGGAAGUUCUACAGAGGAGAAGGACGCAAUGAAUUGUUCCGGGAGUUAAUUGAGAACAAUACCUCUCUACUUGGGAGAUUCCAUGUGGAGGACUACUUUCCAUUCCUUGCAUGGAUGGAUGCAUUCUUGGGGCUCAGCAAAAAAGCCCGAAGGAACUUUGAAAGAUGGGAUGGUCUUCUCGACCAGCUAAUCAAGGACCAUGGCGAUCGUUUGAAGGAAGAAGGGCAGGAGAAUGACUUCAUAGACGUACUGCUCUCUCUUCAGAAGGAUCACAACAUGGAGUUCACCAUUAGAAAAGAGCACAUGAAGGCACUCUUGGUGGAUAUGUUCGCUGCAGGGACCGAUACAUCCUAUUCAACCCUAGAAUGGGCCAUGGCAGAGCUUGUUCGGAACUCAGAAGUUAUGAAGAAACUACAAGAUGAGGUAAGAGGGAUAGCUAGUGGAAAAGGCAUGGUGAGAGAGAAGGAAUUGAACAGAAUGGUCUACUUAAAAGCUGUGGUGAAGGAAGUCUUGCGGUUGCACCCUCCGGCUCCAUUGCUAAUACCACGAGAAUCAAUGGAGGAUUGCCAGAUCCAAGGCUAUGAUAUUCCUAAGAAAACAAGAGUCAUCAUCAACUGUUGGGCAAUUAGUAGAGACCCAAAAUACUGGGAAGCACCAGAGGAAUUCCAUCCUGAGAGGUUUUUGGACAGUCCUAUAGACUUCAAAGGGAACGAUUUCCAAUUUAUUCCAUUCGGAGCAGGUCGAAGAAUUUGUCCAGGAUUGCACUUUGCAACCUCUACUGUGGAGCUUGCCUCAGCAAAUCUUGUGCAUCAGUUUGAUUGGGAGCUGCCUCAUGGCUUGACAAGAGAGGAAUUGGGCAUGGCAGAGGCUCCAGGACUAACAAUUAGAAAGAAACAAAGACUGCAUCUUGUUGCUACACCUUCUUUCCCUCAGGAUUCUUGAGUCAAUGUUGGUUCAUCCAUGUUCAGAUCUUGAGAGAUGCUUCCUAAUGUUUCUCACAUCAUUUCUUUGAAAUGAUUGGUGACUCUGCCUGCGUCUCUUCUAAUCUGAUAACGUGGAUUUGAUAUGGUAGCAUGCUUGGAAGAUAUG